AUGGGGGUCUCGAGAAAAUGGCUCUCCGUGGUUCUUCUCAUUUCAUGCAUCGUGCUCCAUCUGAGUGCACUUGCUCUCAGUGACAACAAGGUUGACAAGACCAGGUUUGGCGACGAUGAUGACUGUCGAUGGGGACGGAGACGCUGCGGCGGCAGAUUCGGUGGUGGGCCGGGCCGUGGUGGAAGAGGUGGUGGAUUUGGUGGAGGAGGAGGUGCGGGAGGUGGAGUUGGAGGAGGAGCUGGUAAGGGUGGAGGAUUUGGAGGCGGAGCUGGGGGUGGUGUUGGAGGUGGUGCAGGGGGUGGUGUAGGUGGUGGCGGUGGUUUAGGUGGCGGAGGAGGUGGAGGAGUUGGAGGAGGAGCUGGGAAGGGUGGUGGCGGGGGUUUUGGUGGCGGUGGAGGUGGAGGUGCUGGAGGUGGUGCUGGAAAAGGAGGUGGCUUUGGAGCUGGGGGCGGUGUUGGUGGAGGAGCUGGAGGAGGUGCUGGUGGUGGUGUUGGAGGUGGUGGAGCUGGAGGCGGAGUUGGAGCUGGAGGUGGUGGAGGAGGCGGUUCUGGUGGAGGUGGAGGUGUUGGUGGGGGUUCAGGCCAUGGAGGAGGCUUUGGUGCUGGAGGAGGUGUAGGUGGCGGUGCAGGAGGCACUGGAGGAGGUGCUGGUGGAGGUGGAGGUGGAGGAGGCGGAGGUGGUGGUGGCGUUGGUGGAGGAGCAGGACAUGGGGGUGGAUUUGGUGCUGGUGGCGGCGUAGGAGGUGGUGCUGGCGGAGGUGUCGGAGGCGGAGGCGGAGCCGGAGGAGGUGGUGGUGGUGGUUUAGGUGGAGGAGCAGGCCACGGCGGGGGCUUCGGUGCAGGCGGGGGAGUAGGAGGUGGAGCUGGAGGAGGUUUAGGUGGUGGUGCCGGAGGAGGGGGAGGUGCUGGUGGUGGACUUGGAGGUGGCCAUGGCAUCGGCAGAGGUGGAGGGUUCGGAGUAGGAAUCGGGGUUGGGAUUGGAGUUGGAGUAGGGGCUGGUGCCGGCAAAGGGGUGGGUGUUGGAGGCGGCUCAGGCGGCGGAGAUGGAGGAGGGAGGUAA